AUGGGUGACGUGGCCUGUCGCCAUGUUGUUGACCGUCGCAGCGAAGCACCACUGGUGGCCCACGAUGUAGGUUCGGCGCGCGGGUUAAUCACCUGGUCGACCGAGCAGUCUCCUCCCGCGGGGGCGGCGGGCGUGCCGAUCUUGGUGCCGACCGGCGUGGAUGAGACGAAGGCCGUGGGACGGAGAUUAUUCUCCGCGGAGCGUGGGAUCCGGUGGAUAUCGCCAAGACCGGCCGGCGUCAUCGUCGUCGUGGAUGCGGCAGCGAGCGCCUACCCGUCUUGGCCUAAAAGCCUGGUCCAGGUCAAGCUUUACGGCCAAGAUGUUGGGUCCUCGUCAACGGGCCUCGAAGGGGACCGAACACAGACUGCUCCUCCCACCGGAAAAAAACUGAGCUCAACUUCACGAGUCUUUUGCCAUAGUGGCGCCAGUUUUGGUCUCAGUCGGAGCCGCCGGCGCCGGCUUGUUGUCGUCGGGAUGAUCAGCACCGUCUACACCGUCUUCGUAGGCCCGAAGCCAUUGCUCGAGUCGGACAGGGGGGCCUGGCAUCAUCGGAUUGUCCAAGUGGUUUCUAACAAGGCGCACCUGCUGCUCGCGGGUCUUCUUGUCGACGGUCAAACAUCAAAGUCUACAGCGUCCUAG